CAGUUCUUCCUCAAUUCCAUCUUUCUCCUCUUUCUUUCUCUCUCUAGUUCUUACAUUAAUGGCGGUUCUAAAUCCAAAACCUCAAAACAACAACAAAGAGAAUGUCUCACACUCAAAGAUGAACACCAUAUCUGUCAAAGUCCCUCUUGAUUCUUCUUCAUCCAUUGACAAAGACAAAAUCCAAAUUAGAAUCAGAAGAAGACAGCCUCUGAAAGACAUCACAAAUCUCUUUGUCUCAGCAUCACCAUUGCCCUCUUCGCCCACUCUAUCAUUUGAUCCCAAGUGCAUUAAGGGAAGAUCUGGUGUUGGUCUCAAGACUGCUGCUACUUCUUCUAAAUUAUCUUGUAGAAAUUUUAGAUGAUUUUCUUAUUUUGUAAUUGGUAUCUAUCGAUACCAUGCCAUUAACAUUCAUGUACCCAACACACAAGAUAUAGUUCCA